AUGAAUGCUACAGAAGGAGAAGAGGUUGCUGCAGUCUUUACAGGUCGUCAUUCCGGGAGCGUAGUAGUCGUAAUGCUCCCGUCAGUGAGUAUCAAGGACAGGGUUCGACUAUUGCUUCAGAUGGUGGCUGAUCGCCCUGCUCCCCCAGAUCGGGGAAUGGAGAGCCCUGAUUUGGUGGUGAUCCUUUCGCCCCCCUCUCCCUCCUCCGCCCUCCCCCCCCGGGGCUAUGGGCCAUUGGCCAUUGCUAAGGGGACUUCCUCAGCUCACUCCGGUCAGGGCGAUUCUGUUGGCAUGUAUACAGUCGUAGUGCUGGAACCUAUUAGGGGUCUUCAUCUCCGGAGUAAUGUCCUUUCAUUUACACAUCUGCGUCUUCUAUACCAGGUCACAUAUUUCGUCUCUUAUGACCGAGUAGACCCAGGUGAAGAUCGACAGGCACACUGCUCACACAGACACAGCCCCAGCAACCCCGAUAAUGUCGAGUACGGGAUGUGCCUGGUGCCUGGUGCCUGGUGCCUGAAGGAACCCCGCAACAGCAACAACAGUCGCCACAACAGCAACAACCACCCGAGUACAGUACAAGCCACGCUACACUAA